GGCCAAUGGCGUGUGUGUGUGGCAGCGUCUCCAUGGUGACUGGGCUGUUCCUGGGGAGGCUGUGAUGGGUUGACAGGUGCGUGACAGUCGGAGCUCUCUGCAGGCAUGUACGGCAAAGGCAAGAGCAACAGCAGCGUCCCGUCCGACAGCCAGGCCAGAGAGAAGUUAGCACUAUAUGUAUAUGAAUAUCUUCUCCAUGUAGGAGCACAGAAGUCUGCACAAACGUUUUUAUCAGAGAUAAGAUGGGAAAAAAACAUCACAUUGGGCGAACCCCCAGGAUUCUUGCACUCUUGGUGGUGUGUGUUUUGGGAUCUCUAUUGUGCAGCUCCAGAAAGACGUGAAACAUGUGAACACUCAAGUGAAGCUAAAGCCUUUCAUGAUUAUAGCGCUGCAGCAGCUCCCAGUCCAGUGCUAGGAAACAUUCCCCCAGGAGAUGGCAUGCCAGUAGGUCCUGUACCACCGGGUUUUUUUCAGCCUUUCAUGUCUCCUCGAUAUCCAGGAGGCCCAAGGCCACCUUUAAGGAUACCCAAUCAGGCACUAGGAGGCGUCCCAGGAAGUCAGCCAUUAUUGCCUAGUGGGAUGGAUCCAACACGACAGCAAGGUCAUCCAAAUAUGGGAGGUCCAAUGCAAAGGAUGACUCCACCUCGGGGAAUGGUCCCCCUAGGCCCACAGUCUGACCCUUGGUUAUCAUUGCAGAACUAUGGAGGUGCAAUGAGACCCCCACUGAAUGCUUUAGGUGGCCCUGGAAUACCAGGAAUGAACAUGGGUCCAGGAGGUGGUAGACCUUGGCCAAACCCUACAAAUGCCAAUUCUAUACCGUACUCUUCUGCUUCACCUGGGAAUUACGUAGGUCCACCAGGAGGUGGAGGGCCACCUGGAACACCCAUCAUGCCUAGUCCAGCAGAUUCAACCAACUCUGGAGAUAACAUGUAUACUUUAAUGAAUGCAGUACCUCCUGGAGCCAACAGACCUAAUUUUCCAAUGGGACCAGGGUCUGAUGGUCCAAUGGGUGGAUUAAGUGGAAUGGAUUCACAUCAUAUGAAUGGAUCAUUAGGCUCAGGAGAUAUGGACAGCAUCUCCAAAAAUUCUCCAAGUAAUAUGAGUAUGAGCAAUCAGCCUGGGACCCCUCGAGAUGAUGGUGAAAUGGGGAGUAACUUUCUAAAUCCUUUUCAAAGUGAAAGUUAUUCCCCCAGCAUGACAAUGAGUGUGUGAUCCAAUAUCAAGUUUCUUCAUGAAGGCUGCACUGAGUUGGCCCUCUCCAGAGAGCUACUAAAGAAGAAAAAAAAUUCAUCCCUGUGUACAGUUUAACAGAAAAGAUUUCUGCCACAUUUGGACCCACCAUUAUUUUCCAACCAUCUUCCCUGUUUUGUGAAGAAAGUGGGUCUUGAUCUGGUUUCAGCUAUAAUAUGUGGCAUAUCAGAGCUGCCCAAGACUGAACUGCAAACAAUUAUCUGUGUAUGUAUAUGUAGGGAUAGGUGUAUGUAUGUGUGUGUUACAGAGACAUAAAUAUGAGCACAUACAUAUAUAGACCUUCAGGACAUUGUAAAAUAUUAUCACAUGACAUCUUAAGUAGAAAUAAGAAAUAGGGACUUUUAUUCCAUCUUUUUUACGUUUACAUUUUAUCUUUCGAAAGAAUUGCUUCCUUCUUCCCAUCCGACCUGUUUUGUGCUGUGUAUAUCACUGCUUUGUAAGUUAUUUUUUAAAAAAUGAUCUCAGAUACAUUGUUUUUGUCAUUGUCAGCCAUCAUUGUUAGGAAUAAAAUUGCUUAUGAUAGGGCUUUCAUAAAGUUUUACUUAAUACCAGUAAUCAUGUGAAUUGCAGACUACACUUGCUUGAGAAAAAAAAUUAUUAAGUGCGUUAAACUUGUUCUUUGCCUUCCUGAAAUUGAGAAAAAAAGAAAAGAGUUCUGUGCCCUACUUCUUAAUAAAUGUCUAAUACUGCUAUACUAAGCAUAUUUACAUGGUGAUAAACAUUGAAACAAGUUUACUCCCAAGUUAUAUGAGAAUUAGGAUGCAUAUCCUUUAAUAUUUGCUUUCAAGGUAUGACUGAGUUUAGCUCAACUUUUUGAUCUAUGCAGAGAAAUACAAAAUACUUGUUGGGCUUUGAUUAAAGUGCUGGAGCAUCCAGGAAUAAAAUCGGCAGGAUUGCAAUGUUGGGAAAAUACUUAGUAUGAUCUUCCACAGGUGUUCUAAUUAUAAUAAAAACAGCUAUAGAUUAUAUUGCUUAUGCACAAUAUUUUCCUCUAAUAUUUAUCAUAAUUUCCCAAGAUUACAUAUGCAUACUCAAAUUAUUUCAUAUGCCAAAGUGAAAGAGACAGCAAAUUACUUUCCCUCACUAUACUUACUGGCUUUAUUAUUCCUAUCUCCAUCUCACUAUAUUUUAUCAAUAUUAUUAAACCACUUUGGAUAUUACUAAAAUCAGUGUAAACUUAAAGCCCUAUAUGAUCAGUAAAUUUAUUACAUACAUUUUUAAUGUUGACUUAAGGUACUUCAUCUGCUGCCUCAGAAACAAAUGCAGCUAUUAAUCUGAAAAUAAUUUUAAUUGGCUUUAUGUUAAAAGACCAUGGUAAAUUUCAUCCAGUAUCACAUUUUUUUUUUGAGUUCCAAAUAACAGAAAUUUAAGGUGCUUUAUAUGAGGAAAGCAUGAUAAUUUCCCCAUCCUGUUUUUGGCAAGUAAAUGAUGUGUGAAAAAACUAUACCUAUUCCUAUUUUCAAUUUUGCUGUGGGAAUUACCAAUUUUGUUUGAUAAUUCCCAUACAAUAACAGCUUCCAUCAUCUGCAUGUAUUGUAACUUUAUACUUCUAUAAAUGUGGAAGUAAAUGUGCUGCCUACAAGAAUUUAUUUCCACCUGUAAGAAGGAACUGAGAAUUUUAAAUUAGUUGCAAUCUAUCUAAGUAUACUUCCUGCUGAAAUUGCAGUGAAAGACUUUGAAUAAGCAGCAGUUUUACACUUCUUUAAAAAAAAUGGGAGGGGAGAUCAUUCUUUAAAUUGUGUGCUGGUGUUAAAGAAAACUUGGGGUAGUAUCCAGUCAUGUCAUUCCAGGCAGAAUAGAAUUCACCAGUGGAAUAUGUUUCUUCUCACCUGCCAACCAUCAAAUCUGGUCAUAAAGAGCAAAUUUAGAUUAUACCAGGAAAGUAAAAAAAGGGAAAUGAAGUCCCGUCAUGGAAGCAAAACAUAAUACUUACAAAACUUUGGACAUGGCUCUUAAGUAUCACCAUUACUUCUAAAUUAACCUUGAAGAGCUGAAUAAAGUUGCAGUGUGUAACCUAGCACAUGUUUAUAUUUUUACAAAAUUAAAUCUAUGACUCCAAAGUGUUUUAUUUUCAUUUUAUUGAACACUCAGAACAAGACAAUAAUUCUAGUUAGUAUCCAGUGAUUUUAUUUUAUCCAGAAAAGCUUUUUGAUGCAGCCAAACCUUCCUUGAAUGCAGUGAGGGAAGAGAUUGUCUGUUCUUUCUCUUUCAAAAAUGUAUUCCAGGAAAUUGAAAACAAAAUGGGAAGCAGGUCCUUUCUCUCCCUUUUGUUUAUGGGAACUUCUGCUGGAUUAAAGUGUCUUCUCAGAAUUGAAGGGCAGAUUUGGAUAUGAUUCCUUAACCCCAAUAAUUAAUUUUUUGGAUAUUCAUUUUAUGCAUGUAAAAAUCUCUGUGCCUAAUUUUUCCAGUAACUCAUUUCCAGUACACCACAUAAAAUGAUAACUAUGAAUGCUGUGCACAUAAUAUCUAAUGACAAUGCUAGUUAUACAUUGUAUUUUUGUUUAGAUUCUUCUGUAUGUUCUAGUAAGUUAUUUAUAGAAUUUGGCAAUAUGAAGAACAAAAUUAAAAUAGAUUAUUGAUUUUCAGUCAUUGAUUUAUUUCUCAUAUGUUAAAGUUCCACAUGUACUAUAUGUGGUGUAGUCCUAUAUGAACCUUAAUGCCGUGAUUCUAAUUCCCACCCCAGACGAGUGCAUUUAGAAAAAUUAUGAUGAACUUAUAUUUUACCUUGGGAAUUUUAAUGCAAUUUCUCCAAAGGCCAAGUGGAAACAGUUCACAAAACAUGAUACAUAUAUGGACUUCUUAAAAGGAUUAUAUGUGAUCAGAAUAUCAGCUUCCUUUUGUAUCCUGCUUUAAAAAUAUUGUGAAAAAAAUCAAAUUUAUUCCUACCUGUCUCUUUAAAAAUAUUCUGAAAAGUUUGCUAGAAGUUACUGAUGAAAAUGAUAAAUAAGUAAAUUAAACUAGAUCUCAUAACCUGGAGCGUUAUGUGCGUGUGCACAUAUAUAUAUACACAUUCACACAAACACAAAUUUAAAAUCCCUGAAAUAGAUUGGGUAUCAAGUAAUAAACAUACAGGAUAUAAUCCAUUUUAGUAGUUCCUACAUAAAAUGUUUAAUAUGAAUUUAAAUGAUUGUUUUAAAUUUAAAAUCAAGGAUUGAAUUUGGUGUGGUUUUCUUUAUUCUCACAACUUGUUGCACACAUAUGUUCAGAAAAGGUGGUGUAAUUUUCUUUACCUCUUUUUCACCAAGUCCUAUGCUUUAGCCACAGUGACAGACUACCACAUAAAAGGAAAUGGUCUUUCAAGCUUCUAAGUUACAGUAACCAAUUUCUAGUUGGAAGAUUUUCAUUUUUGCCUGAUUCAUCAGAUUAUCAUCAGCUGAACCUUUGGUUGCCACUAUCCUGGCCUGAUUGGUGCAUCCUAAAUACUUUCUCAUCUCUAUAUAGAUCCUAGUGGAAAAAAAUAAACCUAUAACAGCUGACAUCCAAAAGCACCUGAUUUAGUUAUCAGGUGCUUUUAGUUAAAGCUUUUUCCAACUGAGCUUUUUGUUUUUAAGAAAAAUGUAAUGCUGAUUUAAUAUGCAUAUUUCAAUCCAGUUACAGUAAGCAAUGGGCUGACUCACAUGUAAUGCCAAGCAAUCAAAUCCUAAUUCCUUAAAAUCCUGGUUUAUAGGGCAAGCACAAAUCAUACUUUUAAUAUAACAGCCAUAAAUGGUUUUCCAAAACUCAGAAUUAGCCCAUUAAGUCAUGAAGAAAGGAAGGAAUAAGCACAUGGCUUGCAUAUGUAGCACCAAACAAUGAUAUACCAAAUCCUUUUGAAAACAGAGGAAUGUAAAUUAAUCAUAACUAUAGCAAGAGAGUGGCUAUUUGGUUAAUAAGAGUAGCUGUUUUGUAUCUAUGGAUUACAAUCUAGCAUCAAAACUUGGUUGACUAAAAGUCAUUACUAUGUUUAUCAUAAUUGUGAUUAUAUGUCAAUAUGCUGGAUGUAACAAAACUAUGAAAUUAGAUAAUGAAUUUCUUGAAGAGGAUUAAGUUGUACAUUUUUAUUCUUUUACAUUGGUGUCACACAUUUUUGCCAAUAAAUAUUGCACUGAUUUUUUUAUGA